AUGUUCGGUAAUUGGGCCAAGCAGGCCUCGAUGAGCCUUGGGAAGGGAGUGAUACCUUUGUCCCAGACCUGCCGUUCGGCAAGGUCAAGUCGCAAGGGUUUUUAUGCUUCGGGGCAAGAAGGAAAAUUGAAGCUGGGCUUUGGUAAGGUGACUGUGGAUACGGAAGGAGGCGCCACCGUAGCUGCUGCCCAAUCCUUGCUGAUCGGCAAGGGUGACUUGAAGGAGCCGGGGAGCUUGGCUUAG